AUGUCAUAUUACUUCCCCUCCAACAACGCAGAGUCCAUAGAGGAGAUGCUGCACCGACUCUCCAAGAAGCCGGGCGUCAAGGCCUGGCUCAUGCUCGACCGCACCAACGGCUCCGUCCUCAAGACCAACGGCCAAAUAUCCAUGAUCCGGCCCGCGCGCUCCAUCAGCAAAGCCUCGCUCCCCAGCCCCACCGGCGGCUCCUUCUCGACCGACGUCAACAUGAACACCAACAACGAGACCCAGGCUGCCCAGGAGCUCGCAAGCAUGAUCUGGAGCUUUCUGAGCACGGCGGGGAGCUUGGUCGAUGAGAUCGACUCCGAGGACGAACUGAAGCUCCUCCGGCUGCGCACGAAGAAACAGGAGUUCGUCAUCGUGCCCGAAGCUAAAUACCUGUUGGUCGUGAUCCAUGACACGCCCCCGGUGUGA